AUGGAAAAACUAACGUUAUCGCUAAUCUUUGCAUCGAGAAAACUCAGAAGGUACUUCCAAGCCCACAAGGUAGUCUUGCUCACGGACCAACCGCUACAGAAGGUGCUAAGGAGGCCGGAACUCUCUGGUCGGCUCGCCAAAUGGGAGGUGGAAUUGGGAUAUCAUGCCAUUGAAUACAAAACAAGAACAUCCGUGUUCUACACCAACGGAGCUUCUAGCGAGAAGGGAAAUGGGGCAGUCAUCACCCUCAUUAGUCCGGAAGGAAUUGAAUUAACCUACGCGAUCAGGUUAGACUUUGAGAACACCAAUAACACGACUGAAUAUGAAUCACUUCUCGAUGGACUAAGGCAGGCAAAGAAAGUAAAAGCGAGGAACAUUGAGGCCAACUCAAAUUCACAAUUAGUAGUCAAACAAUACAAUGGGGAAUAUGAUGCCAAGGAUGAUACCAUGGCCCAGUAUAUGACUCAGGUGAAGGAACUCGCCAAAACCUUCAACACCUUCAAGAUGGAAUACGUCCCUCAGGGAAAAAACAGAAAGGAAAAUGCCCUUAGCAAAUUGGCCUCUGUGACCAUCUGGCUAGGGAGUGAGGGGACUCUACCUGAGGAUGAAGCAUUGUCCAAGAAGAUAUGGGAAAAGGCCCUCCAAUAUGAAAUCAUUGAUGGACCGCUUUUCCGGAGGUCAUAUCUAGGACCGUGCCUGAAGUGUGUGGACGAAGAAGAGGCAAAGUAUGUAAUCCAGGAAAUACACGAGGGUAUCCAUGGAAUGUAUUCAGGACCCAAGACAGUUGUAGCUAAGGCGAUGAAUGCAGGGUUUUACUGGAACCACGUGUACGACAGUGCCUUGGAAGAAAUAAGGAAGUGCGACAACUAUCAAGUCGACGCUCCUAUGACCACCGACAUAAACACCAUAUGGUUCCAGUCUCGACAUCGUGGUUGUUCCAGGAAUUGGGCCAUCGACAUUAUAAGGCCUUUUCCGGAAGGCCUAGGUGGGGUAAAGUUUGUGGUGGAUGCUAUUGAUUAUUUCACGAAGUGGGUAGAAGGCAGACCUUUGGCAAAAAUCACGGGCGAACAGAUGAAAAAGGUUUGUCUUUGA